AUGCUGAACUAUGAGACAAGGGUGCACUACCUGGUGCUCUUCCCUUCCACGUUCUAUUACCCAUACCCGGGCAAAGUGCACAUCCACCUCAUGGACCUGCAGGAGCCCGUGCGGGUGACCCUGCACCUGGCAAGCAAGCUCGGAGUCCCCAACAUCACCCUGGAGGAGCAGGGCAAUGGGAUCCUCCAGCUGAGCUGGCCCCACUUCCCCACCAUUCCUACUGCUCCUGCCUGGAUGCACGAGGUUGCGGAACUUCACAUCUCCAUCCAGGGAGGCUCCCUGCAGGCCUCCGAGCAGAGGAAAGUCAUUGUGGAAACUCUGAGGCUGAGUGCCUUGGUGCAGACAGACAAGGAUGUCUACGAGCCUGGACAAACUGUGAAGAUUCGAAUUGUCCGUUUGGAUCAAAACCUCAUUGCCAACAACAGAGAGAUUCCCUUGGUGGCCGUGGAGGAUCCCGACGGGAACGCUGUGGUGCAGUGGCAGGAGGUGAGCCCGCAGCAGGGCAUCAUGGACCUGUCCUUCUCGCUGGGUGCAGAGCCGGCCCUGGGCACCUACACCAUUGACGUGGAGGGCAGCUUUCACCAGUUCACUGUGAAGGACUCCGGGCAGCCCAACUUUGAAGUGCUGAUCCGGCUGCCCUGCUUUGUGACAAAGAAGGAUGAGAAGAUCCCAGUGGAUGUCUGCGGGCUGUACCCAUCCGGGAAAACCUUCCGAGGCAGAGCUGAGGCCAGGCUGUGCCAGUUCAACAGCUUUGCUAUUGACCUGGAUGCAUCUAAGAUGGCCUGUGCUGAGUUUAGGGGUCAGACUGGCAGGAACGGCUGCUUCUCCACCGAGGUGCCGGCCACUUCCUUCAAGCUGAGCAACUGGGACUAUGGGCAUCAGCUCCAUGCUUUUGUGUCGCUGCUGGAGGAGGGCACUGGGAUGCAGCGUGCAGCGAACAAGAGCUGUGAGAUUGUGGAUAAAGAUAUCAUCAUCACAUUUGAAAGCAGUGAUAGAUUCUACAAGCCUGGGGUCCCCUACACUGGGACGAUGCUGUUGAAGGGAGUUAAUGGCUCUGCCCUAACGGAGAAGGAGCUCCUGGUGAUGGUUAAUACUGGUGGAAUCCAAGUAAAAACCCUGCUCACGGAUGGGUCGGGGAGAGCCUCCUUCGAGCUGGACACCUCUGGUUGGAAGCCCCCGGUCUCUGUGCACGGUGAGGUCAAGCCUGAAGCCUCUGAGGAUGAAAACCUCAAGCAUCCCAACUACAGAAGUGCUACUCGCCACGUGUACCCCUUCUCUGUGGGCACCACAAGCUUCCUGAAGAUGCGCAGGGUGAUCAAGGAGCUGCCCUGUGGCCAGCCCCUGCAGCUCAGUGUGGAGUACUUGUUCGAUGAGAAGGCCAUGGGGAGCAAGCAGCAGAGCCUGGAUGUGGUCUUACUGGUCCUGGCCAAGGAGACCAUCGCCAUGGUGCUCAGGAAGGAGCUGCCUGCAGAUGCCAGGCUGAGCGGCUCCUUCUCCCUGGAGCUGCCCAUCGGCCCCGAGCUGGCACCUGCAGCCAAGGUGCUGGGCUACGUGGUGCUGCCCAGCAGUGAGGUGGUGGCCGACAGCACCGAGCUCCGGGUGGCCAAGUGCUUCCCCAGCGAGGUGAACCUGUCCUUCUCGGAGCAGAGGGCUGUGGUGGGCUCCCAGCUCCACAUGAAGGUGCAGGCUGCCCCGGGCUCACUCUGUGCCAUCUAUGCCGUGGAUCAGCGUGCACAGUCCUCCAGUAGCAAGGGCAAGGGCAAGCUCAACCCCGACGUGGAUGCAGGUUUGAAAACUGCCACCAACGCGGAGCUGGGCUGUCCAUCGGACCCCUUUCUGUACCUCAGAGGACCAGAGCUGGAGACUGAUCCUCUGGGAGAUGUCCUGAAGGACCCAGGGAUGCAGACGGGUCUCUUGGAAACGUGGCUGUGGGGGCUGGUGCCUGUGGGGGACCAUGGCUCUGAGGAGCUGCUGGUGCCAGUGCCCAAUAUCACCACCGAGUGGGAAGCAGGGAUGCUCUGCACAUCCCCUCUGGGCUUGGGGCUGGCUCCUGCCAGCACCAUCACAACCUUCAAGCCCUUGUUGGUGGAGCUGGUGCUGCCCUACACCGUGGUCCAGCACAAAGCCUUCACCAUCGUGGCCACCAUCUUCAACCUCCUGCAGCACUGCUUGAGGGUCCAAGUGAUGCUGAUGGAGUCGGUGGAGCUGAGGGUACCAGUGAGCUCAGGCCAGGUGAACGGUGGUUGUGUGUGUGCAGAAGAAACGAGGACCUUCCAGUGGGAUGUGAGAGCCACCGGCAUGGGGGAGGUGAACGUCACCGUCAUCGCCAGGGCCCUGCAAUCUGAAGAGCUCUGUGGCACUGAGGUGCCGGUGGUGCCAGCCCAUGGGCACAUGGACACUGACACAAAGCUCCUUAUGGUGCAGCCUUCAAGACUGAUGUGAAAGAAAACUGCAGCUGCGUGGCUCUCCCCCUGUCCUGAU